AUGACUGGCAUCAUCCGUGACCCCUGUGUAAUGACUGGCAUCACCUGUGACCCCGGUGUAAUAACUAGCAUCACCUGUGACCCCGGUGUAAUGACUGGCAUCACCUGUGACCCCGGUGUAAUGACUGGCAUCACCUGUGACCCCGGUGUAAUGACUGGCAACACCUGUGACCCCGGUGUAAUAACUGGCAUCACCUGUGACCCCGGUGUAAUGACUGGCGUCACCUGUGACCCCGGUGUAAUGACUAGCGUCACCUGUGACCCCGGUGUAAUAACUGGCGUUACCUGUGACCCCGGUAUAAUGACUAGCGUCACCUGUGACCCCGGUGUAAUGACUGGCGUCACCUGUGACCCCGGUGUAAUGACUGGCAUCACCUGUGACCCCGGUGUAAUGACUGGCGUCACCUGUGACCCCGGUGUAAUGACUGGCGUCACCUGUGACCCCGGUGUAAUGACUGGCAUCACCUGUGCCCCGGUGUAA